AUGGAGGAUUGGGAUUCGAAGUGGCGUUUGAUGAUGAAGCGAGAGGAUGAAAAGAGAGUGUGUAAUAGGAUUUUGAAUGAGUGUUUAAAGGAGAAGAGAGAACUUGAGGAAGAAAUCGAAUGUACAUUUCUUCCAAAAAUUUAUAAAGCACACACUACCACUGAUGUGAAGGAACCAAAGAAGUCUAGUUGUUCACAAGAAGAUCCUGAUACUCUCCUGAAGCUAUUGUAUCCCAUAAUUAGUGAAGAGGAAAGCAUUCUAAAUGAGUUGGAUCAGUUGGAGAGGGAAGAGAAAAUUCGCAUUAGGGAGCUUUCUGAGCUCAUAGUUUCGGGGGUGCUAAAGCAUCCAGACGAGAGCUUGGAGAAAUUCUUGGAGUUUUACAGAGAUGAGAGGCUUAGUGACAUUUCAGAGCUCAAGAACAGGAGGAUUAAGGUUAUAGGGAAGCUCCAUGAGCUCGAGCGUAAGUUCAACCUUUUGUGUUGUAAGGAGGGUGUUGACCCAGUAGCAUUUGCUAAAGUUGGCUUCGAGGUCAGUAACAUUAGGCGGAUUAAACAGGAGGUCUUAAAUUCAAUAAACCUGAACACUCUUAAAAUUAGGUGCAAAAUUAAGCAGGAGUUCGAUCAGAUUUUAAGAUCCAUUAAGACCAACCACUUGAAUCACAAGAACACUAUGUUUAGCAAUGGGAGGGUAGUUCCUCAAAACCAAUAUUACCUUUAA